CAGGCACCCACACUGGUGUAUCCUUUCCCACAGGUCGAGGCUGAGCAUAGGAUGAACACUGGAAGAAGGAGAGUUGUGGGGGAGACAUGAUGGAGCGCUACAGGCACUUACACAGGAUCAUUCUCAUGGUUGUUCUGCAAGGGGGGUUCCCAGGUUCGUACAGUCAGGAUUGGGCCAUUACCCUCCCUAAAUCCAUCAGAGCAUUGAGAGGAUCCUGUGUGGUGAUUCCCUGCACAUUCACCCUCCCCAGGGGCAACAAGGACUUCAGUCUGGAUUGGUACAAGGAAAAAUUUCUUUUUGACAAAAUAAUAUUCAGCCAAUGGGAUCCCUCUGAUGUGAGUGAGGGUUACAGAGGCCGCACUUCCCUGGUCGGCAAUGAGCCAAACAGCUGCUCCCUGAGGAUUAAUGAUGUGCAAGAAAAUGGCACUUAUUAUCCCUAUAUACAUGGGAACUGUGAUGUCUCUCUCACUGCUAAUUACCAGUGUCACAAAGUGCAGGUUACAGUCUCAGAUGUUCCCAAUGAGCCAGCAAUACAGAUACCCACAGAUCUAACUGAGGGGGAACGUACCCCCAUCUCCUGCUCUGUAGAACACACGUGCCCCCCCAGCCCCCCUACUCUACAGUGGAACAGAGCUGGGUAUAAACUCACUGACAGGCAGCAGAGCCUUAAGGAUGGAGUAUGGAAAGCUGAGACUGUAAUGGAAUAUCUCCCCUCCUACCGGGAUCAUGGGGCUGAACUUGAAUGUGAAGCUACGUAUCCAAAUGGGCUCAGAUCCCAACGCCGGGUCACUUUAAACAUAACCUAUUCUCCCAAAAAUGUAUCAGUUGUUAUAUCUGAUGGGAAGAAGGAAAGGAAAGAGGGCGAUGCAGUGAGUUUAACCUGUGCCAGUGAUGCCAACCCUGCUGCCAAUGCCUUUACCUGGUACAACAAUAAGAGAGAUGGAACUGUAGAGCUGAGGGAGGAGCAGGGGCGGAGCAUAACUGUGACUGUGGGGCGGGGCAGAGAGACAUUCUCCUGCACUGCAAGGAACCCACUGGGAACUGGGAAUUCCACUCUCUCUGAGCUGCAGGUUUUAUAUAAAGCCAAAAAUGUCACAAUAAAAAGAAAAGAUGAAGUGAAGGAAGGAGCAGCCCUGGAGCUUGAAUGCCAUUUCUCAGACUAUAACCCACCAACAACUCAGUACAGCUACAGCUGGUAUCUAAAUGGGAAUCCUGUGAAUGGGGAGACUGGCAGAAUAUUACAGAUAAAUAACAUUACAGAGUCCCAUUCUGGCACCUACAGCUGCAAUGUGCAGAACGGAGCGGGACCUUCCUAUUCCCCAGGCUUUGCUGUUACACUGAUGUCUGCACAGACAGGAGAGGAACUUCCCACGAGCAUUAUACUCGGGGGCGGAGCUGGUCCUGUAUUGGUCAUAUUAUUGCCUCUGGGUCUUUGUUUAUGCCUUAGAAACAGAAAGUCACAGAAAGGGGGAGAGUCAGGAGGCCGGGGAGCGGGGGCCAAUGUUCAGAAUUCCCAGCCCACUGAGAGUCCCUACACUGCCCUACAGACAAGAGACACGGCCGUGUAUUAUAUAAUCAAGCCACAAAUCCAUCAGCAGAACAGAUCCAAAUGAGCGCAACAAGGGGAGGCCGACCAUUGAGCUGAGCGCAUGGAAAACACAAAGCUCUGAGCUACCAACCCAUUAGCUUCCUGCUGAUUAUUAGGCUAAAAACACAUUUGGUAAUAUUUCUGCAUAAUAAAACCUUCACCCUCCAUCAAUAGCUUUAUUCAAGUAAUGAGCAGAGGAACAGCACAUCUGCUGCCUGCUAUGGCCUUAGGGAGUUUAGAGCUCAGACUAGUUGCUCACACUCACUGGCAUAACUAGUGUGUACUGGGCCCCCCCACAAACAAUCUUUUGUACCCAGCUGCCACAUCAGCAUCUUCUGCCUGCCUGAGUCUUCCCUCCCCAGCCACCCUACUACUGUCGAGCAGAGAGUAAAGACUUACAACUAUAGAGAGAGGAAGCAGACUUCACCGCCCGGGCCGCCAUUUUCCCCGAGGCCCCCCCAAUCACAUCUACUUCCUUUAUAGUUAUGCCACUGAUUGCCCUGAGCACCCUGCCCUUCUUUAAUCAGGUUUUCUCUCACUUCUCUGAUCCAUUAUACUAUUAGUUGUUGGAAUUUACAUAAUUACCCCUUAUUGGGGGCAGAACAGCCCUAUUGGGUUUAUUUAAUGGU